AUGAAAGUCGAAGUCGCCAAAUGUGGCUGGGCACCGGAUUUGGUCCGCGUGUACACCGGGCUGUGGCUGAUGCCAACGGCACACCUUCACCUCCACUUCCAGGACAGGGCAGGCCAGAAAGCUUCUCUCUUCCAUCCACGCACGCACCCUAUCAACUACUUCGCCAACAGAGCAGCCCUCUUCCCUGCUGCCUCUCACACCAAGAAUCUCGAUAAAUCAUUGUCCAUCACGUUUCGUUUGGGGCCCAUCUCCGAAGUUGGAGAUGCCUCGGAGCGGUCCAGCUCCGAUCAGCAAGCAGCCAAAGCCGGAACCGGCCGCGGGCGGAUUGACGUCCCGAUGUCUUUAUUCGAUAUGUUCAGCAGCUCGCCUACGCCUCCCCGAGCCCCCCGGGCAAUGAUUUCCAGUCGCAGUCGCAUUCACAAUCGCAAACAAGUACAAACCGCAUACCCAUACGUACGGACAAUAUGGAGUGAUACUCGACAAUUCUCUUUGACAGCUGCAAAAGGGCUUGUCAACUCGUCUCCACCCACUUUACCGCCCCCCGGAUUGCGUGUGUUUCAAAGUGGAUUGCUUUCCUUGUUCUCCAACACCCGGCCAGAAUGCAGCUUGCCCGCGGCCGGGGUCGGCGCCGGGGGUGGCGUCGCUUUCCAAUUUUGCUUCUGCGACGACACCCCUACUGAUCUCUUCAUUCUUCAUGUUUCUCGAGCACUUCUGUUUGCGUCGGCUAUUCAUUGCUUAGCAGGAGUUCUAUGGAUUCGGCAACUGAAGCAUGACGACAUUGCGAAAGGCAAAAGGGAAAUCAUGAGCUCUUCCCCUCCUCACAUCGCCUAUGAUGUCGAAAAGUCAGGGCCACAGCAGACGAUGGAGUCGCGCCCUCAUGACGACGAUAAUGCUCGCAUGAAGGAAGCCGUAAACAGCGACGAAAAGGCGCUGCCGUCGUCUUCAUCGGACGACGACCCGCCGGGCAUCGUGGCGCAGGACACGGACCCGGACACGGAUGCUGGGCACGGGGCCGGCGCCGAGGCCAGCGGGAUCGUGGGCCGGGUGCUCAGUCGGGCCACGUCCAGGUCCAGUAUUGUACAAGGUCCGCCUCCUGACGGGGGCGUCACCGCAUGGAUGGCGAUCUUCAGCGCCCAUCUGGUCAUUAUGAAUACCUGGGGCAUCGUCAACUCAUUCGGCGUCUUCCAAUCCUACUACACCACUCUACUCGGACGCCCGCCGUCAGACAUAGCCUGGAUCGGCUCUUUCGAGGUUUUCCUCCUCUUCUUCAUCAGCACCUUCAGCGGCCGCCUCACAGACGCAGGCUACUUUCGCCACCUAUUCGUCACCGGUUUCCUCUUCGUGUUCCUAGGCAUGUUCGCAACCUCCUUCUGCUCGCAGUACUGGCAAUUGUUCCUCUCGCAGGGUAUCUGCCUAGGCCUCGGCAACGGCUUGCUCUUCUGUCCCGCCCUGUCGACGGCGUCCACCUAUUUCGACAAGAAAAGGGCACUUGCGCUGGGGUUCGUGUCGAUUGGCAGCUCGACGGGCGGGUUGAUCUAUCCUAGCAUGGUGAGGCAGCUGCUUCCAAGUAUUGGGUUCGGGUGGACCAUCCGUGCUAUCGCGUUCGUGCAGGCCGGCACGCUGAUCAUCAGCUUCAUCUUCCUGAAGCCGAGAGUCAAGCCCAGGAAAGCCGGGAGCAUCGUCGAGUGGGCUGCUUUCAAAGAGUUGGAGUACACUUUCUACGCCAUUGGGUCCUUCCUAAACUACUUAGGCGUCUUUUUCGCAUUCUACUACCUAGCCUCCUACACCCGCGAUAUCAUAGGCCUCUCCUACAACGCCUCCCUCAACCUCCUCCUCGUCCUCAACGGCGUCGGCGUACCAGGCCGCAUCCUUCCCGGCUACAUCGCCGACCGCGUCGGCUCCAUAAACACCCUCAUCCCCAUGUCCCUCGCCUCCAGCAUCCUCAUGUACUGCUGGGUCGCCGUCUCCUCGACAGCAGGUCCCUACGUCUGGACCCCAUUCUACGGCCUCGUCGCCAGCGCGAUCCAGAGCCUGUUCCCUUCGGCACUGAGCCAGCUGACGAGCGAUCCAAGGAAGCAGGGGACGCGGAUGGGUAUGACGUUUACGAUUGUGAGUUUUGCGGUGUUGACGGGUCCGCCGAUUGCUGGGGCGAUUAUUCAGGCUGAGGGGGGGAGGUAUGUGGGUGCGCAGGUGUAUGCGGGGUCUUGUUUGCUUGCUGGUAUGUGUUUUUGGUGUGCGGCGAAGAUGGUGAAGACGAGGAGGGCCGGGAUGGGGUUGAAGGUUUGGGUCAAGACGUUCUCAAUUCUGUUACAAGGAUUAGAUGGACAAAAAAUCUUGACAAGCCCCGAAGCGAUCACCACCUACUCAUCCCCUUCCUUGAGGCUAUCUCAGUCUCAACCACAGACCAGCAACCAACGCAAAAUUCCUCUCUACACACAAACAAUAGAAAUAUCUCCGGGCCACUCGUACCUCAAUCAGAAUCUUGUCAACCACCUCUGGCCUCACACUGCUCUGAGACGAAGGCAGUCGCAUUCGACUAAACGGCUGGAUAGUCUAAUUUCGACAUCCAAUGCUCUUCCAACUCUUCCCUCAACUCUCGGCAAAUAUGCAGCAAGACAGCCUGUCAUCAAACCCAGAAGUCGACCCCAAGUAAUCCUCGCAGCAAGAUGUCGGACCAGAGACGCCGUACCAAACAACCCCAAGUCAUACAACCCGCAUUGCAUAUCCCGGAAAACAACCCUCCCCCCUUCCCCGGCGCGGCCGUUGUCGAACAGUAACGGCGCGCGAAACUACCACCAUGCAGAUUCUCGGAUUUCGUGCAUAAUCGAGUGCGAGGGCAGCUGUGCUACCCGGCCGUAA